AUGCAGAAGUUCCGAAACCAACUUCUUCCCUAAACAAGUCCCUGGAUCUAAUUGCGAAUGGGAGUUUUGCGUCUCCGAAAGCUGUCCUGAUUGGCACUUCUGGUCCAACAACCUCUCCAAACUGGCUGGGUUCUUCUCCAAAGUCUCCUGCCUCGAAGAUGAUGAAAAUACUCUUGAGCCAGAUAGAGGGACCUGUAGAUAAGAGUCACAGGCACUCUCACCACCCAGAAGGUGAAGGGGCAAACCCUUCAGAAAGUUUAGAUUCUUUGCCAACACAUCAAACCGUUAGUUUGGUGACCCCAACAGAUUCUCCUCGGGACCUAGUUCCCAUCAAACAAUCCACUGUUAAACUACCUGCUGUUACGCCUUCCAACCAGGUAAGGCUUGUGGCCACUGUUCCUCCUAGUAAUGCAACAGCCACUAGGCGUGCCACGGCUGACUACGGGAAUGCAUAUGUGGCAACUGUGAGUCCGAGAAGAAGCAGCCCUGCUCCCCAGCCGACAGCCACUUCCCAAGUGAAAGCCAGCAGCCUCAGCCCUCUGCCUCCCAGCCUGUCCAAGAAGGGUUCAUCAGCUGCGUCACACAAGGCCCACCUUAGUCAUGGGCAACUGAGCAGGGAGGGCGCCACGCUUAGCAGGCCUCCGGGUGAGACGCACGCCUCCUACUUGGGCGACAGAAGUGUCCUCCUAGCUGUGUUGCUUUUCGGGGUGAUAUUUCUGCUCUUGGCUCAAGUGGCAAUAGGCCGGAAACUGCUGGAAUCUCUUCGGCACAGGCGCUACUCUAGGCUGGACUACCUGAUCAACGGCAUGUACGCCAACGUAUGAUGAGCGAGGAGUGUGAAGAGACACUCUGUGGAGCUAGCGAGGCCUUUCGUAGUCUUAACGGAACAGAAGAAGGACUGACCUCGCCAUGGUAGUUGAGAUGUUCUCUCUUUUGGGGCCGAAAGCCACUUUUACUAGAAACAGAGCUUCUGCUGAAAAUGGAAGCCGGGGUAG